AUGGACACAAAUACUAAUCAAGAUACAUUUACGGCUGAUUUAAAUGAUAUUUUUUUCAAUUUGAAUGAUGGAGAAAAUAAGAAUAAUAAUAAUAAUAAUAUCGCGAUCGUAGAAAAUGAUUCAACAUUGUAUCGAUCAGCUAAUCAACAUACACUUUCAUUUUCGACAAUAUCAUCCGAUUCACACAUUAGCACACAUGUUAUUCCUCCACCCGCACUCUUUGCUAACAUCGAAAAAAAUGUUACAAUCGACAAUUCGAAUCAAACUACGUCUUUUUCAAAUGAUAUUUCAUUAAACGAAAAAGAAUCACAACAAGAGUAUACUGUUGAAGAUGAAUGGUCAAAUAUACCAACUUAUGUUAUAGGUAGUGAUAAUCAAAUAUUACAUCAAUCCGUGGCAAAUAUUGCGUCAUUUGAUAAUAUAUUUUUUAAUGAUGCUAAGUCAUAUUUAUUUUCUACAUGUCAGAUAGCCACCAAAUCCACACCACAAAUAAAACAACAUGUUGGCUUUUUUACACGUUUAUUGAAUAUAUUUAGAAGGCAAAAUAGUGCUGAGAAAACAGCUGAUACAUUUGAUGAACAAUGUUUACAAUUAUUAAAUUUAGCAUCACACAAAUGUGAUAUGACCGAUCGUGUUCAUAUUCGUAUAUUGUUUACAAUUUAUCGUCGUUUAACAAAAUCAAAUCAUGUUUAUCAUUCUGUUCAUGGAAAACAUUGGGAAGAUAUUGGAUUUCAAACAGACCAUCCUGAAACAGAUUUUCGUUCAUCCGGUCUCUUUUCAUUACUUAUGUUACUUUAUUUUGUUGAUUCAAUGUAUUUACCAUUGGCCACACAAAUUUAUCUCCUAUCAUUAACAUCAAAACAACAAUUUCCAUUUUGUUUAAUUGGAAUUAAUUUGGCUAAUUUAUUAAUUAAAUUUCUUCGACAAAAAACACAACGAAUAAAAUUAAAACAUAUGCAUAAAAAAUGUGAAAAUAUAACAGAUACAAUUGGAAAUUUGUUUAUUGCUCUCUUUCUCAGUUUUUAUCUUCAAUGGAAAACUCGAAUUUUAACAAUUGAAUAUACUCAACAAGUAUUAAGUCAAUUAGAACAAACGUUAAUGAAUAAACCAAAAUUAUUAUUUACUGAUUUUGAUAAUUAUUUUCAACAACAAAAUCGUUCAGAACAAUAUAUUGUAGAGGGAGAAGAAAACCAGCAACAAAUUAAUAAUAUGGCCGAUAAUCAUUUUUAA